AAGAUUGACUGAAAUUACUUAUAUAUCCUUCGUAUUUAUCCCCAAAUAAAUAGAUAAAUAUUACGGACUCCUGUACCAACAUUGGCGUCCCCAAACUCCAACACCCCGCUGUCAUCACCCACUCAUCUUGCAAUUCCAGCUGUUCUUCUAACUGUCCAUCACCCGGAUCACAUUACGCCCCACCUCCUCUCUCGAGGGACCCACGCCAUAAAAUGUCUCGCGCGCAGAGGUUUCCGCCGUGGAGCGGGAGCGGCAACUCAGGCGGAGGCGGAGGGAGGAAGCGCCACCAUGGCCCCUUCCGUGAGAGGCCGAGGUGGCAGCGUCGCCGCUGGGGACGUCGGAGGAGGAGCAGGAGAAGGCGGUGGAUACUACCCUGCGCCUCCUCCCAUCCCCUUCUCGAGACACCACCUGGAAGUGACGGUGAUCUCGGCUCAGGAUCUCUACCCGGCCGCCCGGUCGAUGCGCACAUACGCGGUGGCCUAUUUUCGGCCCGACCACCGCGCCCGCACCCGCAUCGACGCCUCCGGCCACACCGACCCCACCUGGAACGACAAGUUCGUCUUCCGCGUCGACGAUGCCGUCCUCCACUCCGACACCUCUGCCAUCACCAUCGACGUCUACGCCGACCGCCCGGGCCUUCUGCCGGGCCCCGACAUCCUCCUCGGCACCGCCCGCGCCCUCCUCUCCACCCUCCGCCCCUCCUCCGCCACCCACUACGCGGCCCUUCAGAUCCGCCGCCCCGCCUCCCUCCGCCCGCAGGGCAUCCUCAACCUCGGCGUCGCCCUCGUCGACCCCUCCGCCCGCUCCGUCCCCGUCCACGCCGACCGCGGCCACGCCUCCUCCACCCCCAGGCCCGAGGUCCCGAAGCCCAAGCGUCCCACCGCGGGAACCAGUCGAGCGGCGGACCGGGAGAGGACGGAGCUGGAGAGGAAGCUAGAGAAGUGGAGGGCCGAGCUGCCGCCAGUCAGCGGCGAGGUGGUGAGACAGGAGAAGGGAGGACGCAACCGCGGCGCCCCCGUGGCCGCGGUCGUCGAGGACGAGCCAGUGAUUCGGCCGCAGAGGAAUCGGAGCUUUAAGAGGUUUGCGUGCUUCGGCGGCGGAAAUGUGGAGUCGGGGGAGUUCGUUGCCGCCCCGCGAUAUGUGGAGGAGAGGCCGCCGAGAAGGGCCGCCAGGGUUGCCGUCCAUCGCCACAAGGGCUAUAGAGAUCGAGAAGGGCUGCCCAAUAUUUGAUCAUCAUAUCACUUAUUUACGUGGCAAGAUGCGUCAGAAAAGGGUGCAACAUGUCAUGUGGAGUUGCAAUAACCUUAUCCAGUCUGCUUCCGAGUCCAUUCAUCCGUGAUCGAGUUGUUUAGUUCUCCGACACAGUACGGAAAUUUUUUUGGUGUGUUCUUCAAACGCUUAUUUUGUAAGAAUUAUUGAGGUCCAAACGAUAUGAAACGACAGCUGAAAUAUAGUUGGUUGACGAAAAAUGACGUGGGAAAAUAAAUAUACCUUUAAUAUAAAAUCAAAACGGUGCAGAUGAGAUCUCAGCCCCCUCUUCUGAUGAUGAAAAUGACGAUCACACGCCUGUCACGUGAGUACCACGUGGGAAAGGCCACUGUGAGAUAAACCCCUCGCCGCUGUCCUCUGCGUCGGUCUGUUUUAGUCUGCUUCUGCUCCUUAUCUUUCUCGUCGAUGCCUCUGCUCCAUCUCCCCUUUUCUCAGAUCCGGCCUCCAUGCGUCGCCAGCCUCCGUCCCAGGCUGGCCGGCUCACAUAACGUUCCGGCGAGGGACAGGAUCAUUGACUUCGGCAAGCACAAGGGACGGAUGCUGGGCUCCCUUCCGUCGUCUUACCUUCGGUGGGUGUCGAGGAACCUCCGCGCCCGCGACUUCGAGGAGUGGGCACGCCUGGCCGACGAGGUGCUGCAGGACCCGGUCUACCGAGACCGGCUGGAGUGGGAGGCGUUGGAGCGGAUCCUCACCGGAGACGGCCUCCGCCGGAGCUCAUUCGACCCCGCCGACUCUCCCGUCGCCGAGCUCAUCGAGGUCAGCGAUCGCUUCGGGUGGGACAACAAGGCCAAGGACGCCUGGGCCGGGAUCAACUUCGAGCUCCUGGGCACCUCCAAGGGCGGGCGCAUACCCCGGGUCCGGAGCCCAUCCCCGGCCACGGAGGGCGGCCAUGGAGAGGGUAAACGCGUGACCUUUCGCCGGGAAUCGAAGAUCUCGAGCGGUUCCAGACCGGGGCCGGAGAAGAAAUCGGGAGGUGUUGAUGUGGGUUCUAUUUUGGGCGGAGUGCGGCUGAAACGGGACGGGAAAACGAUCGUUCCGGCCUGCGACUCAAUUGCUUCGAGCAAGGAACAGACGGGAGCCUUCGCCACGGAUUCGACAUCGAGGGAACAAAUCAAGGAUGGAUUUUUGAGAGGCAAUCCGAAGGGUCCGCUCCAUGGGAGCACUUCGAGCGGAAGACGGGUGGGAAUUUUAAGCAAGGGGCAUAGAUUUGUGAUUGGCGGCGGAGGAGAAGAAGAAGAACAAGAAGAAGAAGAAGAAGAAGAGGGGAAGGAGGAGGUGGCGACGAGAGGAAAUAGAGAGGAGAGGAGGGAGAGGAGGAGAUUAAAGAGGGAGCAGCAGCUCGAGAUGCUGAGAAGGGAGGUGGGAGUGGAGGAGAGGAGUGGAAGAGGCAACGAGGCCUUGGUGAUCAAGAGAGGAGUUUUGAGAGGAGAACACCACCACCAGAUCGCCAAUCCUUUUCCUGGACGGAGAGCCCUUUUGGAGAAGGUCAAAAGACAGGGAGACUGAUCGACUUGUUUCCUCGUUUCGUUUUGACUUGCAACUUAGAAAUUGCGUGCUUGUUGUGUUAGUUUUCUAUGAGACAACAUUUUUAAUUAUUAGAGAAUAAAUAAUUAUGACUAAAAAGGAUUACUAAAUGCAAUUAUGAUGAUAUAAUACAUCAUUAUUAUAUUUUGGUAUA